AUGCCCAUAACACGCGUUCAGGAACAGGCAACCCCCACCGUACUCACCAACUACCUAGUCAGCAUGCAGGUGUUCAAAGCAAUUGCCAAACAUAUAUGGCGUAGUCUAACAAGAUGGGCAAAGCCCUUCGCUGUCGAUCCUCACCUACCCGAAGGCACUCCGCUAGCCGAUAACGAGACCACUGCGCUUCUCGCACAGGCCGAGAGGUCGUCACUCCCUCAGUACAUCCGGGUUCUGUUUCCGCAGCGCCCCAAAAAGGUCAACCACAUCGAGGUCCACAUCACUACUACUGUCGAAUUUGUACCAGAAUACCAAACACGCCCGCCCAGAGCUUCUCCCUACCAGCCUAUUGAGGCAGCCGACCUUUUCCUUCGCGCACCUCCUCUAUGUUUGCAGUUCGUAGCACUCAACCCGUGGCUACAUGGUCCACGAAUCUUCUUCCUACUCGACGGUCCUCCAUUUGCCACCAACCUCCUGCAGCCCGGCAACGUAAUACGAUUACGUCUUAUGUUUGGAAACAAGAUAAUGGCCGCUAGCGCCUGUAUCUCUUACAUCCUAGAAGAGAAGGUCGGAGACUACAUCAUCUACGUCACACGGCUACACAAGAGAUACCGCUCGCACGACAAUAUCUUUGGGCAAAUGGCCGACGCGUACUACCGUAUCGCCGCUUCAAGAAGCCGUAUGCCCGUCGAUUCAGGAGUAGGAUACCUCGUCGUUGUCGCCAAGUAUGGCGACAAUAAGCGCGAACCACAGCUGCCUCCCAUCAAGAAGGAAUAUGGACCACUUCCCUUCGGCUGUCCUGUCGCCACCGCAAAACUAGUGGUUGCUACCAAUGUCACUUUACAUCUACAACGACACUCCCUUCCUCUCCUCCCUCUCAACGAUCGACGCAUCCGCCCUGAAAACAUACCCGUCAAUAUGACUCGCUC